AUGGCAUCCAUGUUAUUCCGUAGUGUUUCAGUUUAUUCAUUACGUUCAUUUAUAUUAUUUAUUUUCGGUUGUACAUUAGCUGUUGUUUUAAUGAGUUUUCAAUAUGAACAUAAAUUAUCAUUAUUCAAUUCUCCUCGUCUCAUGCUUACUUUACCUGCAUUGAGUCUCGUAUCCGUAUGUGGUUUUGGUGCUGCUUUGGUGGGUCUUCUUUAUCCCAAACUCAUGUCUCCUGGCGAUUACACAUCUACACUUGACGAUAGUGACGAUACUAUGCAAAAAUCUCGAAUUUGUAAAUCAUUAGUAAUAUUUGUUGGUAUCAACCAUUUAUGUGCAAAAAUUCCAUUUCAAAGCGAUCUUCACUUUUCCAUCAUAGUAGUCUGUUUGUGCAUAGGAUUUUGGUGGUGCUUCGAUAGAAGUAUAGUUGCGUUUACUUUUUCAAGUGUACUCUCACUAAUAUUAACAAUGACAACAGAAAUUUUAUUACGAGCUGGUGCAUUAGAAUACACCAAUUCUGAUCUAUACUUAAAAACUUGUGUACCUUGUCUAACAUUUGCCGGUGCUAUUCUUACUAUACAAAUCACAAAAUUUUUAUCUCAAAAUAAUCAAUCAUUGCCAUCGAAUAUUCAAAUUCAACAAGACCAUCUACACAAUGAAUAA